CGACGUCUGCACCCUCCUCCCCACCCGGCCUCUCCUGCGGGCUAACAGCUAGGUUAGCUCGGUGUGAUUAGUUGAGACGCACCGGCUCCAUCCACAUUACGGUGCAGUUCGGGCUCAUUUGGCUCUGUUAACACUCAGGACACACGGGGAGUUCGCACACUAAAGGGACUCAAGAGUUUAGGCCUCCGAUUAUCGAACAAGUGAAGAUGAUUAAGCUGUUCUCCCUGAAGCAGCAGAAGAAAGACGAGGAAUCUGCUGGAGGAAACAGAGCCGGAGCCGGGGGCAAAAAAGCCAGCGCGGCCCAGCUUCGAAUACAGAAAGACAUCAAUGAGUUGAAUUUGCCAAAGACGUGUGAGAUCAGCUUUCCAGAUGAUGAUGACCUCCUCAACUUCAGACUCAUCAUCUCACCAGACGAGGGCUUUUACAAAGGAGGAAAGUUUGUCUUCAGCUUUAAGGUAGGACAGGGUUAUCCCCAUGACCCCCCUAAGGUAAAGUGUGAGACGAUGGUGUAUCAUCCCAACAUCGACCUGGAGGGAAACGUCUGCUUAAAUAUCUUAAGAGAGGACUGGAAGCCCGUGUUGACAAUAAACUCCAUCAUCUAUGGUCUACAGUAUCUAUUUCUAGAGCCAAACCCUGAAGAUCCGUUGAACAAGGAGGCAGCAGAAGUCCUGCAGACGAACCGGCGGCUCUUUGAGCAAAAUGUCCAUCGCUCCCUGAGGGGUGGCUAUGUGGGCGCCACCUACUUUGAGAGAUGUCUUAAGUAACUCUGCAUCCCAUUUUCCAGAUCUCUCUCAUCAUCUCCUCUCCUCCCCUCCCUCCCUCCCUCCCUCCUUCAUUCCCUCCUCAGACCUGCUCAUCAGCUGGAGCAGGAGUCAGAGUGGCAGAAAGCAGCGCGCAGCAAGAUGCUUUCCUGUUUUAACACAAAAGAAAGAAUGCCACCCUUCUCUUCCUUGUUUCCCCUCCUUCCUUCUCCUCCUCAUUCUUCCAGAUUUCUCUUCAUUUUACUUCCAAAAUGCAAAAAUCUGCCGUUUAAACACCACAAAGGAUGCCAACAUACAACUUUCUGGACUCUGCUUAGGAGAAGGCGGAUGAAGAUGGAGAGGGGAGGAGAAGGUUGUUAGUGAAUGUUGCUUGGGCUGACAUCUCUCCGCUGAUGAUAAUGAUACCCACAAGAUUGUUCCUUUGUUUUGGUUUUAUUUUGUCUGAGGUGAUGACACCUGACAUCACACAGGUGAACAGAAGGACACGCCCCCCCUCCCUAUCGCCGCCUUCAUUCAUUGGUUACAGAUUAGUCAGCCAGCAGCAAACUCCAAGCAGAGGGGUGCAGCUCUUCAGAGUCACAAAGGCAGCUGAUGCGCCUUAAUGUUCUUAACAAGUUGUAGUUUUUAGUUAAAGAGGCCCUGCUGCAUCCUGAAGGUGUAAAGAAAGGGGAGGGGCUUCUGAGGUUUGGGGAGGGGCCAAAUCUAGCAAGACUGAUUAAAGUAGCUGAGACAGGCUUGAGAGUGGCCUGUGAGAGAGGAAACAUGCCUUAACACGUUUCUGCAGUGACUGUAGUGAAGAGGGCGGGGCUUAGCAGCGAGAGAUGCUUGUAGGAAAUUGGAUUGAGCACACCAGUUUGGAGUUUGCUUCUGAGCUGGGGCAGGAUGUAGUAUGGUAUGGGUGGGGGCUAUGUCUUUUAUUGGGCUACGUUUGGGUGGGCUCCAUGGGAAGGGCGGAGGAAGAUUUUGAUUUGGGGUGGGGCAAAGAGGGAGGGGCUUACAAUGUUCUGAUUUUGUUGUGUAUAUUGAAACCCCAGCUGUUCACGUAGACUGCAAUAUGAUUUAUGUUAAAUAAAAUCUAAACUUAAA